AUGAUUCUGUUGCAGACGUCUGCAGGAAAGGCCUCUGAAUCCGGAGAUGCUGAAAAUGCUUCUGUCCAAGAUGGCAGAGAUACAGACACAAAGAAACCUGAAGAGGAGGAGAUUGAGUACGCCAGCAUUACAAUUCACCAUCCUGCUUCUGAAGCCAAGUCUUUGAUGAUUGGUGAUGAAGGAGUUUUAGGAGAAGUCUGGAAUGUGGAUUAUGAGACUAAAUCAAUAUGUGCUCUUAAAGGAUCCACAGUAAACAUGUCAUGCUCAUACAGAUACCCUGAGCAGCUUACAUUGAAAGAUACACUUUGGAUAAUGUGUGAGAAACAGAAGACAGAGAUCAAAAGUUUAAAAGAAUACCCCGAGUAUAAAGACAGGGUUGAAUACAUUGAAGACAGAAAAAGCAAAACUGCCAUCCUCAGACUGCACAACAUCACUGAAAAUGAUGAGAGAGCGUAUUGUUUCAGAUUAGUAACUGAAACUGAAACAAAAAAAUGGAUUGGUAAAGAAGGAAUUCAUCUUAAUGUUUCUGUUCUUCAGGUAAAGGCACCACAGCUGGUGCUGGAGAAACAAACAGUCGGUCUGAUCUGUGAAACCACAUGCAGUCUGACAGAAGCAUUCAUCUGGUACAAAAAUGGAGAGGCUUUAAAGAUCCACAGCAAAACACUCCAGCUUCAGUCAGAGCGCAGUGAUUCUGGCCGUUACAGCUGCGCCGUCAGAGGACAUGCAUUGCCCUCUCCUGCUGUCAGCAUCACUGUCAUGUAUCCUCCACAGAAUGUCGCAGUGUCCAUAACUGGAUCUGCUGAAAUAGUGGAGGGAGAUUCAGUGACUCUGAGCUGCAGCAGUGACUCAAACCCUCCUGCUCUGAACUUCAGCUGGUUUAAGGAGAAUCAAAGCUCAGCUGUUGGAUCUGGACAGAGUUUCAGCAUCUCCAGCUUUAACUCCAGUCACAGUGGACGCUACUAUUGUGAGGCUCAGAAUCAACAUGGAUCUCAGAGAUCAGAGUCUGUUUCAGUCUCUGUUAAAGGGGUUCAGAGAGCUGCUCUGCAAACAGUUACUGGGAUUGUGGCGGGAUGUGGAGGACUGAUCUUCAUCAUCAUCUUCAUCAUCAUCAUCAUUGUGUUCAUAAGUUGA